CUUUUACAAUUUCCUCUCUAUUGCAUUUCCCACUUAUAAUUGGAGUCCUAAAAUUCUUCUCUCUGCACUGUAUAAUUUUCCUUUUUGUGCUUUCAAGGACUCGUACGCGAAAUGUCGGUAAUUGGAUAAGUUUCGCACUGGGGCAAUUAAAUAGAUCCCCGCUCUCCGGAAGUUCCCUCGAAGAAAGGGAGAAUCUCCUUUUAGAGAAAAUGGCCUAAAGCAGCUAAAAGUGAAACUCGUGUGAUCACCAUGACGAUGUUCGAAUAAACAGCCAGACGUCACUGGGCUUCCCGGCCUUGUCUGUCCCAUUGUGUCCCUAACCUACCCCCUCGUCCGGAUUUGUGGAAUCGAUGGAUCAAGGUUGAAGUUCAGCCAAAAGUGCGCGCGUGAAAAGUUCAAAGUGGUGGGCAAAAGUGCUGCAGUGUGUGAUUUCAAAGUGGGCGGCAGGUGGAUUGACCCCGAAUUCCCAAACACCACCCAAAAAUGUCUGAUUCUCUGACUGACUCUAUGGAGAGUGACGAGGAUUUUUUCACUGAGGUAAGAGAUUUUAAUUGAGGAAAAUUCCGCCAUAAGUGAGAUACCAUGAGUGACCUUCAGAAGGGAAAAUUUUCAGUUUUGGUAGGUUUUUCUUUGACCAUUUUGUUGGGAUUUUUUUGGCGGGAAAAUUGCAACAACCACCUUGGCACAACUUUCACUGAGAAUGCACAUUUUUGGUAUCGUUGGAAGUGUUUCUUUUUUAACUGGGCGAAUUCUGACGCUACCCACUUUUCCGGCUCGAGUCACGAGAGUCAGUUGCAGUGCUGCGAGCCAUAAAUUCGGAUGCCUCGCCAAUUUCAGCUCAAAUUUCGCUAUUCUUGAAAAUCUUUUUCACUUCUCCCCUAACCCAAUACUCACCAUUUUCUCUGUGAUUUCUAACACUCUUUCGUGGCUUCCGGAACGAUGAACACUCCAAAAUGGAUCCCCAAGCACAAUCAAGACACAAUGAAACUCUUCGAGAAUACCAGACAACUCGAGAGGGACUUCAAAGUACUGGCCAAGAAAUUCGCCACUGACAUCAAUCUGGAUUUGCCGGAUUAUUAUGAAUUUGAGGAAUUGCUCAAUCAAUCGCGUCGCUGUUUUGACCUCAGUAGUCAGUAUCAGGUGCGUCUGCUGCGCCUCACAGCGACAUCGGCAGACAAGAACUUCGAGAGGAGCCCCUACAAGAUCCUCCAGUGUCGGAAGGCAACAAUUGUACGGACAACUCUAAAGAGACGCCACUUUCAGCUCAUUUUUAUUGUCCAGCACAUAAUUAGGCUGAUGCUGGGAGUUGCACAUCAAACGGAUGUCAUCCUCGAUGGAGCCUUGCUCCUCUGUACCCUGCACAAUGACACCACAGAACAAUUGGCUCAGAGUGCGAAGCAAAAUGAAGGAGCUGCUGUUUGCAGUAAUACCUUCGCUGGGCUCAUGUCUCAGCCCAGGAAGAUCGAUAUGGGCGCUGUUCUGCAGACUCUCUCAAAGCGUCGCAGCGAACAGUGUUGCCUGGCACUCAUUGGAUGUCUCCUGGCUACAUGUAGAGUUGAAAUGAGUAUUCCCAGUGCUGAUUCAGACACCUCAAGUGUGGAGAUCUUGAGAGCUCUCACGAGCCAUUUGCAAUCUCCACUGGGAGGUGCCACAUCUCCCUCUAGGCGUGCUGCCACGAUUCCUCCCAGUGACUCUGAGGAUCCCACUGGGAAGUUCUUUGACAACUUGGCUCUUGAGAUGCAGCAAAGUCAUGCUCAUGUGGAGCCAGAGGGGAAUCUUCUGCUUGAACGACUAAUUGCAGAUGAAGAAAAUUUUCAAGCCAGCAUCCUGCUCAAAUGUCUCAAGCUGUGCCCAUCAGUCUUUGACAAACAGUCAUCCAAGGAGGACAUGGUGAAGUGGAUCAAUCGCGGUACCAGGAAUCUCUGGACUCAGGUUGGCAGUACAUUGGAGCACGUUGUACUCUGGUGGAGCAGUGCUCCUUUGGCAUGUCAGCCUCCCAGUCAUACAAAAUACCUCAGGGAUUGGUUGCUAAUGAUCCAGCCGGAUGAUGCUCCAGAGCCCAUUCUAUCUACUCUGAGAGGCCUCGGAGAGACACUCACGAUGUACGUGACCACAACGACGUGGGAUAAACAAUUUCGCUUGGCUCUUGUGUCCUCAACCCUUCCCAUUGACUUCCUCUACGACAACUGCCCCGACUUCCUGCCACAAAAUGCAAUGACUGCUGCCCAGAGAGCUACAGGGACCGUGGCAGGGAGUCUCUGGUGCGACGUCCUGUCCACUUUGACAAUUUUCAGCAACAGUUGCGAUCAAGGCACAAUUCCCAAUGAGCUACCUCUAGUUGAGCAGAUUCCCAUUCUCCAUCGUCUCGAUCACUCCAUCCACUCCAUGAGACUCUGGGCAGCUGAAAAGGCUAAAGCUCUCUGUGCUGAUUGGAACAUGAAGAUGUUCUUCAGAGUUGUUCAUCGGGAUGUUGGAAUGUGUCUUGACCAUCUUAAGGAUCUCAGAGUGCCUCAACUUGUGCCUCCUGAUCCUUUGGAAGUUCAUAUUCAAGUUUGUGUCUCCUUGAGAGCCAAACUCGUCUCGGAGAUCAAGAUCAACAUCGAGAAGUUAAAGCAAACUGCUGCCCAAUGCAUUGUUGUACUCUCAUCUGUAUGCUCUACAACUAGCCUGGCCACUCUCAGUCUUUGUUUUCCUCCUGUUAAAUUCUGGCAGACAGAAUUUCUUCAGGAGAAGUCAAAUGAUUACGUGGCUGAAUUUCUAGAGCAAAUCUACCUUCCCAUCGUUGAGGCUACUAAGGACAUAGAGAUCCUUGGGCUGACCCUCAAGAUCAUCUGCGAAGCCUGGUUGGAUCACAUCUACACAAAGCGUGUCAAGUUCAGUCGCUGUGGAGCCAUGAAUCUCCUCAAAGACUUUGACGGAGUGGCUGAAUGGAUCAGAGGAUCAACUUCAGUACCCGUGGAACAUGUUGAGACAUUGGCAAAGCACGAAGUGCUGAGGAUGUGUGAGGGAGUAGGAAGGAUUCUGCUUCGUAAGCCUGAGGAAGUGAUUUCAAUGCUUCCAGGACCUCAAUACCUCAAACCAGAUCCCGAGGAAAUGGACGAGAAGCCUCCAUUGCCUCCGGAAAUGUUUGUACCCAACCAAAUCCGCUGGCUUGAGCUGAGAGCAAAGAACCGCCGAGUUCUCAACUAUUUCCUCUGCAUUUGUGGUACAGGAGCUGAAAGCUACUAAAAUGGAGUGGAAAAAAAGCUUUGAUUCGCCUCUAACACAUCUUUUAUUUUCACCCUUAAAACUAAGAGACAAAAAAAAAUAGGAUCAAUAAAAAAGUCAUUUGCAGUGGAGAUGGAGGGAGUUUUGACUGGAAAGAUUGAUCCGGAGACGAGAGAGAGAGUGUUCAUUUUGAUAAAGUCUAAAAUGCUACAGUAAAAUUCUCACCUAUAUCAUCAUAUAUUACAACAAAACAGGUACA